CCCAUUACCUUCUGGAAGUGAUGCAAAGCUCAAGUUUAGGGUAACAUAGAUCUCUGCCUGCCUCCCUCUGUAUUAUAUAGGAAAUAUUAAGUGCUACAUUCAUUAACUUGCCUUUUUAUUCUCUUUCUAUACAGAUUGCUACAGUGCUUUUCCUGCCUUUUUGGACUGCGACUUGGUGCUACACCUGCCUUUUAACAUCUGGGUUUAUUAUUUUUUGGCUUCUCCUUUGUUCAGAUAAAUCCAUCUCGUCUGAACAAGUGUAAGAGAUAGCCAGGGUCUCCUUAGGGAGACCCCCUUGGGGUACCCCGGCCUUGAGCCGGCCCCUACAUUUUUCAAGAUCUGAAAAGCUCCUUUAACAGGUUUUGAAGAUGAACGAGACAGAGAGAAUUCCAUCACUCCUGUCACUGUACUCCGUCCUGGAGGAUUUCAGGGUGGAGGAUACAGAUUUUGAGGCCCUCGCCUCUUAUUACGAACAUCACUACCGGGUCCAAUAUGGGAGCAACGUCAUCUUAGAUCAGUUUAUACUGCUCUACUUUUUGGACCCGAGCACAAUCAAUGGGAACAUUAUCCAUUACUGGAUAAUGAUUUACUAUCUGGAAGAGCUCAAGAGGGAGCAUGCCACCCUCUGCAUUGAUGUGUCGCUGUCUCCUGAGACACCAACAGAGCAGCAAAUAUGGAGGCAGCAUCUGGAGUAUCUGCGGCUGCAGAAUACUGUCCAAUCUCACCUUCUCCAGCUUGGCAUGACAUUCUCGGAGAAGGAGAAGAAACUGCAGGAAGCUGCUCAUCCUCCGGUGGGGGAAAGGCUGACCCUCCAAAAACGGGUCAGGAAGGCCAUCAUGAAGAGGCUACAGAGAGUUUGGGUAAUGUAUCUAUUUACUGUCAAUUACCCUUCAUCUAGAGAUGCCCCAUGUUGUCCAGUGCAGUUCCACUUUACUUCCGGCCAUUCUGAUCAUUUUCAAUCAGAACAAUAGAAAGGAAGUUAUACAGUGUCGGGCUGGCCCACCAGGAUAC